ACCCAACCAUAUCCCUGCUGACCCCCCAGUAGGAGAAGUGGAUGAGUCGGAGCUGGAUGAUACCAAGCUGACAGAGGCCGAUAUUUACGACCGAGCAAGGAGCGCACCUGCAACUUUGAAUGACAGCUACAAACACCUAACCGACUACUUAUUCAAAGGUAUCGAGUUUAUGAACCAACCUGAUUUGUUAAAAACACGUGUGAUCAUGAUAUGGUUGAGUAGACAAGAUUUGACGUCACCCUUGUCUGGCCCUGCUGAUUAUGAAACCCCCGAAAAGGGCAUCGUACGGUUAAGCAACAACACACAGUUUGAAUACUCGCACUUUCUGUCGAUUCUGUAUGAAAAGGCUGGCAUUAAGUCAGUGGAAAUAUCGGGCGUAUUCAAACCGAUAAGUUACGAACCAGACAAUGGCAAAGAUCUCCCUGAAACCUCAUGGAUCGCUGUCUAUCUUGAUGGUAGAUGGCAAUUGAUAAUGCCGUAUUUUGUAUGUACCAGACGGAAACAUACGUGGCUUUCAUCGGAACCAACAAAUAAAGAAACUAUGAAGGACGAUGGAGAGGGACCUGUUUUCAACUACUUUUACUUUUUGAUGAAUCCAAAGCAAAGCAUCAACUGGUUUUAUCCGAACGAACCAAAAUGGCAACUGUUAAAGCGGGCAUUACAAAAAGAAGAAUACUUGGAUCUUCCUCUCUUCAAGUCAGAAUUCUUUGAACUAGGCUUAACACUUGUUUCCAAAAAUUCGUACAAUUUGCAUUCAGAAGAAGGUAGGGUAAUGAUAGACAUUUUGUCGCAGGAGGAUCUUGCCGAUGAGAUCUAUCUUUGGUAUGAUAUAGCACUAGUUACCUGUACUGGGAAACACAAUGUAGACACUCAGAAGAUGAUAAUCCACGACAACCUCCAAAGGCUUGUGGCAAUGGUCAAACACAAGGAGAAAUGGAUGUUCCAGAUGACUUUGCCUAUUGAGGGAGUGUACAAGGUAACAAUAUAUGCUAGUGUUAAUGGCGAUGACUUCGGACCAAUAGUCAAAUUUCGACUACACUGUGAAAAGCGAUUUGACAAGUGUAGCAUGCUUCCUGCUGAUCCGAAGGAAGUCGGGUUCGGUCCAGGAUUAGCUGCUAAGGACGGGGGGUUAUUGUUUCCAUCUCAUUCUAACGGGUUUUACUCUGUCGGACACAGCACUGUUUUCACAGUAUCGUUUGUGCUUGCAAAAGACAUAGUCGAGGCAAUUGAGGUGACUAGCACCCUUGCGCAGACAGAGGAAAAGGGGGUCAAAGGGUUCACUAAUGACGUUAGAAGUACGGUAGACAGGAAAAGAGGCUGUGUUGACAUAGACAUCACCAUUCCUGGCGAGGGCAUAUUCAUGUUGUCCAUCUGGACCAUGCUUGACAACGGUUCAGCCAAUCAGACUAAGAUAUCGAAACUAGCCUGCUGCUACAUACUGAUAUCCAACCCUGAUAUACCUCCUGCAGUACAGACAAGGAAACAACGGGAAGCUCGGAAGAAUCUCCGACUGGCUCUAGUGGCCGACACUCUGGAUGGCAUCGAGUCAGCUAUCACAAAGUGUGUUUAUUAUCAUAUACCUAUGGAGGACGAGGAGGUAGAAAACGCCAACACCAGGGCGGAAAUAUUGAGGCUUUCUCGAGACAUCAAAUUCACCAUUCAGAACCACCACCUUGCCAAUGUACGACGAACGCUGUCGCAGGUAGAGCAGUCCCGGUACGCACACUACUUCCGGCACGACAUAACAGAGCUUCAGAAGUUAAAACAAGCACUGAAAUGGAAAAAGAAGUACGUCUAAAGCUGGUAUAUUUGGAAGGAAAACGAUGCCUAUGUGCUAUUCAUAUAUAUAUGUUGAUAGUGAUAAAAAAACAUAAACAAUCAUAUAAUUUUACUCCAUUUGUUAUUUAGUAUGAGGCAUCGUCGUGUCAGACCUCUGGUCAACAAAGACAUUAACUGUGUUUCAUAAGAGCAUUUAUCUCCGUCAACAUCGUUACAUAUUGGUCUUUGUCGUCCUAUAGAAUACUGAUAGUAGCCUUCAGAAUAUCCAAAGGAAUGGAAUAUCUUACGUUCGACAUCCUAAAAGUGUUAUAAAAGCUUCUACAAGUACUUCUACUGGAGAGAUCAGAGGAUAUUAGGAGGUCUACAAACAGAGAAGAAGCUCAUUUCAGGCAAUCUUGCUGAUUCGAAUGUGUGAUUAGAAGGGAUUGUUGCAUUGAUUUGAUGAUAAUGAAGAACUGAUGUUUGCGAGAUCGAUAAAGUAACGCAGAAAAUAACUUAUAAAUAUAAUUGGAAGAUAAGUACUGUUUCAUAUUUUGUAACCGCAUUGUUGUGAUACUGUGGUUGAU